AUGUCUUCUCCCAAGUACCUUGCCGCACUCGACAUCGCCGCCUCUGCCUUGUCUGUCCUGCUGUUUCUCAAACUUUUCACUUUGCGUUCCUCUCGUAAGCAUGCGUUUCCACCACCAGGGCCCAGACAACUGCCUAUUAUCGGAAACCUUCUCGAUUUCCCCAGUCACGAUCAUGGAGAACGAUUGGGCCGGCUCAGAAAGCAGUACGGUGAUCUCAUGUCUCUGCGCAUGAUGGGUCAAACUAUCAUCGUGAUCAACUCCGCCCGCAUAGCGAGAGAUCUUCUGGAUAGACGAGCAAGGAUAUGGUCUGACCGCCCGGUGAUCCCCCUUCUCCAGCUGAUGCAGCUUUAUGAGUGGAACACUACCUUCAUACCAGAGUCGCCAGAUCAUCGAGCCCAACGACGCAUUGCGGACCGAUACCUUCGACCAAGUGCCCUCAUCCCAUAUCGCCCAAUGAUACGCUGUAGAGUUGAUGAGUUGCUCAGAUCGUUGCUGCACGGACCUAAUGAAUUUAAAGGGCAUUUGAGAUACUUCAUGACGGGCGUGAUUAUGUCAAUUGCCUUUGGGUAUAAUCUGAAAGGCGAAAAGGAUGUCUAUGUUACAAAGACAGAGGCCUUCGCGGAAGCUAUCAUCGAUAGUAUGUCUCCAACUUCAAGUAUCGUAAACGUUUUUCCAAUACUGAGACAUUUGCCAACCUGGAUACCUGGGAUUGGCAAGAUGCGUUACGUCGACGAAGUCAGGCGCCUAGGACUAGAAAUCAGAGAGGAGCCAUUCGACUUCGUCAAAAAGAGCAUUUCGGAUGGUACGGCUGAGCCUUCGCUGAGUCGCCAUAGCUUCAUGAUGGCGGAGGAAGACGGGCAACUCUCUUCGAAAAAGAACCAGGAGCAUACUAAGCAUUGUUCGUCAUUGACGCUGCCCUUUCUAGCUGGCGUUGACACGACCGGCGUAGCUCUGACGAACCUUGUCCUGGCUCUUUUGCUUUACCCGGAGGUGCAGCGUAGUGCUCAAACACAACUCGACUCUGUGGUCGGUCGUGAACGACUUCCCAGUCUUGAUGACCGAGGCAAACUCCCGUAUAUCGAAGCCACGUGUAAGGAGCUCCUUAGGUGGAGGUUGGUGACACAGAUAGGUAUUGCGCACGCUACCAAAGACGAUGAUGUCUACGAUGGAUACUUCAUCCCCAAAGGUAAGCACUUAAGUUUAGAUUUUGCGGCUAUGCUACACGAUCCUGUCAGAUAUCCUGACCCUGAAUCUUUUCGACCCGAGCGUUUUCUGACACCUUCGGGGGAGUACAACGAUGACCCUCAUAUGGCCGUCGCUUUUGGCUUUGGGCGCCGGAUCUGUCCCGGUCGUCAUCUCGUGGACGAGAUUCUUUACACUUUCGUUUCCUCGUUUCUAUCUGUCCUCACCGUCGAGAAAAAGAAGGACGAAGACGGGAACGAGAUUCCAGUGUCCGGCAAACAUGCUGUGGAUGUGGCGCUCAGUCAGCCUCUUCCAUUCGAAUGCUCGAUAUUACCGCGGGACAACAGAGCCUCACAAUUGAUACAGUCAACGGGAGAUGGGCAGGAGAACUAA